GAAAACCUUAAUGGGUCGAGACUUUCUCCAACCGUAAUAAGCCCAAUAAUCUCACCAAUUUCAGAUUUAAAGAGAAGCUCUCACGUUUUCCUGUUCUGUUUUGGAAAAGAGAAGAGAAAAGGAAAUAAUUUUGUUAUAGAUCCUAAUUAGUAUUUUGGAAACCCUAUAUUGCUCUAUAAAAGUAAAAAAAAAAAUUGAGGAAGAGCAUCAUUAUUACAAACAAGUUACACAAGUAAAAUUGAAUUUCUUCCAUAAACAUUGGUCCUAUAAUGUCAGAAAGUAUGGAAGAAACGGUUGAAGCUCUUCUAAGCUGCAUCAGAAAGCAUCGAUGGCUUAUUGAGAUGGUGAAGUCGAAGGUUUUCUAUGAAUUAUGCAAGCAACACCCCACACAAAAACGAUGUUACUUCUGUUGCGAUUGUAUGAUCACACCUUUUUGCAGUACUUGCAACAAAGAGACCGACCACAAAAGCCACACUUUGAUUCAAACGUAUAGAAGUUCGUACCAGACAGGAGUUAAAAAAGAGACGAUGUCAAAAUAUAUGGAUUUAUCUAAUAUACAUGUAUAUUCGAUCAACGGGUUUCCGAUCGUUUAUAUAAACCAGAGACGUGGUAAUGAUAAUCAUCGUUUUAGAAACAAUGUUUCGCGUAGAUGCCAAGUUUGUGAAUGGGAACUUGAUGCUGCUUCUUCUGCUUUGUUCUGUUCAAUGGAAUGCAAGUUUAGGAGCAUUCUUGGGUCACAACUUGAUGAUCUGAUGGAGAAUUCAGAGAUUACUGAGGAUUCGGAAGAGACUGUUGAACCAGUGAAGAAGAAACGACAUAGGAGAAAAGGGAGUCCACAUAGAGCUCCAUUCUUCUAG